AUGUCUACUGAGCCUAAAUUAGGUAAGGGACACAGUGUGUUCUCCACUCAGAUUAAGCAGGUAGGUGACUGGUUGAAUCACUAUGAUCAAUAUGUUGCAGGUUCGAGGUUUCUUGUUACAAGUGAAUUAGGUAAAGACUCAAGACCACUCAAGGAGCAGUUGGAGACAUGGACCACGACGGUUAAUAGCGUUUCACAACACGUUAACGUAGUUGAACAAUAUGCUAAUGUACUCGAUAGCUCACUUAGAAAUAACAUUACUAAUAAGAUUGACACAAUUAAGAGUAGUGUAACGAUGUUGCUUGAGUCCGCCCAGAACGGUCUGUUCGGGGAGCAGGUUGCUGAGGUUGACAGGGCACUUAAGGAUGAGAAAAGGAAAUUAGAUGAGGAGGUUGCAGCCAAAUGUAUAACGCUGGUGGGAUACAUAAACCAAAAAUUCAACAUUGUUGACAGAAGAUUAGGCGAGCUGAAGAAGACUAAGGAAGAGCAGUUUGAGAGCAUAAGCAAUUCUGUCACAAAAACGUACGUCCAGUCCAAGUUGCUAUUAGAUGAAUUUAAGGUAAACUAUGAGAUGCAUAUUCUUGAGAAGUUUGACAAAAUUAAGAGCAAUAUGACCUCAAUUCAAGCAAUACAUCCGAGCGACGCCACAGGUGACGCUAAUAAAUGUGAUCUUGAGAGGGAAUUAGAAGCAGUCAAGGAAGCGGUUCAGGAGAUGAGUAAAGCGUAUAAGUUGAAACUGAAAGUUCUUUGUGCGGAUGUGAAAAAGAACGUGAAAUCUGCAGAUGAAACUCUUACUCAAGCAAAACAGCGGAUACAGUUAACUGUCGCCAAGGCGUAUCAGAAAGUCGUGACUUUGGUUGCCGAGGCGAAUCAGGGGUUUAUGCAGCUGGUCACAACCGCGGAGGAACACAUUUCGGUUAUUAAAAGUGGAGUUGGCAAUAAGAGCGAUGAAGGUAACAUAGGCGCACACUGGGAAGCAUUUAAAAAGCAUAUUGGUAGUAUGCUUGAUGGUAAUAAGGACAACGGGGUGUUAGGUUUGCUUGGCGGGAUCAUAAAAGGCGUGAAAAACUAUGCUGACGCAUUCACUCAGAGAAAUUUCGGAGAUAAAGUUUUAAAGGUGUGGCUGACUGUGAUUGUAAAAGAUGCGACCAUCAAGGCGCGACUCACGCAUUAUGUUUCUGAUCAAGAUGAUCAAAUUAUCGGGGAGCUCAUUCAUCAGCUGCAGAAUGAGAUUAAUAUUGCUACCAAUGCGUUCACCGGGGAGGAGGAAAACGAUGUUUAUAAAAAUCUGGCUGCCAUCUAUAAGUGUCUCAAAGGUUUUGCCACUCAGAUUAAAGACGGUUUUCAUGGGAUUGUUGGUAAGGUUGAGAGCGCGAUGAUGAUCGCGAAGGGAAUCCCCCACGACACUUACAAUGCCAACCGUAACAAGGCCGCCCAACUCAUUCUCCACCAACUGCUUGGCAUGGCAAGGCAGGCUGCCGAGGAAGUCAAAUCGUUUGUAAAAACCAAUAUUUCAAAUGUCGCACUAGCCCUUCAAGAUAUUAACGAAAUCAAACAUGAAAUGGAAGGCAAAAAGCCGGACGGUAAAGACAGUUUAGGCAAACUGAUUACCCAAGCCUUGGAUAGUGUGAAGGCAAGGAUCGACGAGAUAGAUGGAAUAUUGAAGUCCGAUAAAGGUAAGCUUAAAAUGGAACUGGACACUAGGCUCAAUGCAAUUACAGGUGCGUCAGAAAUAAACGGGUUGAAGACAUUUCAAGUGGACGAAAAGAAUGAAAUAUGCGAGGCGAUCAAAGGUGUUCAAAAAAUGUUUAAUAGUGAUUUCGGUAAAGAUGAUCACAUAAAAAUCAGUGCGGUAGCCGGUUAUCAAGAAGCAGAGAGGCAGUAUGAUGUAACCGUCGCCAAAAUCAAAUCUACAAUAGAUCACCUUGAAUCUCUUCCAGGCUUAGUUAAGGACAACAGGCAGCAAGUGCAAACAAAGAUGGAAGAGUUGGACAGAGAAAUUCAGAAACUCCAAGGAGAAAUUUGGAUUGUUGAGACAACCGUUAAAAAAGCAAGUGAGGCAUUAAACACUGAGAUUAAAAAUGUCGAAACUGCUCUUAACGAAGCCCGCACUGAUAUCACUCAGGUAGUCGACGAUCUGAAGGACAAACUCUUCAAGGCUGUCAAGAAGGCUUUCAACGAAGUCACGUACCAUGUCCAAAAACUCUUCGCCCGGCAAAAGCUUGCCGACCUGAAAUCCCUCCAAUCUCUAGUCCAAACCCAAAAAACUGAAAUCGAACGUAUCAUUCGAGUGAACAAAUUCUCCGGCGUUAAAGGUUUACUCAAGCAAUUGAAAGACGAAGUGAGACGAAAGGUUAAAGGCCAACCAAAUAAAUUCGACGCUCUGAAAAAAGCACCAAACCACAAUGACUUCAAAACCUUCGUGGAAAAAAUGCACGCAUACUUCACGCUCAUCUACGACUACGUGAAAUACCAAAUGGAUGAAUAUGUCAAAAAGCAGUCUCCCUCAGAGACCCCAGAUGCAAUUGACAAACUCGAAAGAGUGAAGGAGAAAUUAGACAAAAUUCUCGAAGGCCUAAAGAACUCCAACCAUUUCGACUACACGUUCAAAACAAACAUAGACGCUUUAAACAGCGCGCUUCAACAUUUCACGCCCUCCAAGUUUGGCGGUCCGUGCACUGUCCUGCUGGACGUAGUGAAGGAAGGCGUGCAGGCGUUAGCCGGGCAACUUGGAAAGGCGUACGUGAAUACGUAUGAUGGAGGGGAGGAAAUCACUUGGCGGAAACAAGGCACUACAGCAACCGUGUACACUACUCAUGUCAGCUAUAAUACUGAGUUGACUGAGGAAAGCCAAAAGGGCGCUAGAGUAUUCCUCACCAUCCUUAAAAUGCUGUGUCGCGAUUUACAUAAAUUGGAAGAUGACUGCGGUGGGAAGUGGAAAACAAAACAUAUAUGUGAAGAUGAAAAUGACGAAAAAUCGCUGGGUUCAUUCCUCAAGCGUCUCGGAUACCAAGUAGCCAAAAAUCAAGCUUCCAAGGAAGGCGAAUUGAAAUUACCGGUGAAUGAUUAUAAAGGUCUGGACGUUCACAAGAAGCUGAAAGAAGAACUUCAGAAUGCCGCCAAAAAUAUUGCACAUAUUACAGACUGUUUAUCACCUAAAAAAUCAUUUGACGUCUUAGACAUCCUUGUAUGUCUCACAACUCACCUUAAUCAAUAUUUCCGUGUCGGUCAUAUCACAAUUGUAUCCUCACCUAGAAAUCCAUGCUCUGUGUAUGAGAUGCUUGUUUGGUGUUCCGGUCUUGAAUACAACGCUGUCUAUGACAAGCUCACCACGUACUGUAGCGAGUACGACACGAAGAAAGACAGUGAUUUAAAACAGCGUGUCUCAGAUGCCGCGCAUUAUGGUUUGCCUAGUUUAGGUAAUUGGUCACAUAAUCUCCUUACUGCGAUCCUCGGCACAGGGGACGCAUCCACAUACUACGCCAGCGAUUACUAUAACAAUUCUCUACGCCUCGGAUAUCCAACCAGCGGUGCGGAUUGUUUACGUACACUGGUUGACAUAUUCCGCAGAUUAUUCCCCGUUUUCAGGUUUAUGUAUGGUCUAUGUGGUCUCGGUUCCAGGCACCAUGGUUGGGCCGGCUGCCAAUAUGGCAAGAAUAUCCCUACGACCAAGUGGCCAUGUAACGUUCACUCAGCAGACAAAUCAAAGUGCCAACCUAAGUGCGAACCAAAUAGCCAACCAAAUGACCAACCAAACUGCCAACCAACGUCGCCACUUCAGUGCUACUUAACCGAUUCUCUAAUCGGCCACUUGCCUCACGAUGUAACCUCGAUUGGUUGCAAAACAGUCUGUAACACUUGCCCCAAAUCUAUGCCUGGAAUGCCGUGUAUAACUCCAAUGGGCUUUAGAGGUUUCUCUAGUAGUACGCGUAGAGGUAAAGAGCUGUGUAACGUGCUGGGCAAAUUCCUGGGUAAUGACUACCUCACAGCCUUGUUCUACGUUGCGGCCAAACCGCCGAGUAACUUACCCGAACAUUUCGCAUUUGUUAGGUCGUUGGUUAGUGGCAUUAAGUUGCCAUUAGCGCCGAAACGUGAUGAAAAUAAGACACUUGCAAACAUGUUCAAUACAUCUAUGUCCGAACAGUCCAUCGAUUUAUAUAAAAAUACAUCUGACCUUACUGAUGCACUUCAAAAAGCUUAUGGUACCAGUAUGGAUGAUCAUCAAGAUAUGGACCAUUUAACCGGACUUGCUAAAUUGUCAAGCCUUGCAAUGACUACGCCGUGUUCCGGCCAAGACGCAAACUGUGCCCCUUAUGUAUAUACGUUGUGCUCCGAUUCAUACAGCAAUCUUGCAAUAAUGCACUCCAACCUCUACCUCUCCUGGAUUAUUUAUCUUCCAUGGACAUUACAUAAAUACCUUGAAUGUCUGCUUGACGCCCUCAAAGCACUAUUGUGCCAGGACUGGGGAUGUAGCAAAUGCCUUAACGGUAAUAAAUGUAGACGAGGACAACAUGGACUUGUCGACGAAAAAACAAAGGCGCCACAUUGCCAAUGUAACAGCAUGGUUCAGUGCAGAGGCGUGAUGCCAACCUUGUAUAUAUAUGGUUUCAUGUUUGGUAAUCCAUCAAUGCUGAACGCUAAUGGCAAACCAAAGAAAUGCUCCGACUUCUGUACGCAGUUACAAAAUGUACUUAAAUCAACAUAUUUUGAUAAGCUGUUUAAAGAGUGCGACAAUUUCCUGUACAUUAUCAGAUCACCGUUCAUGAAUACACUAUUAGCCCUCUGGUCGCUGUCGCUCCUGUACCUGCUGCACAUCGCCGUCGUCCGCCUCGACGUGCUGAGGAUACGCUCCCACCUGAGAGCACCCUCAAGCCACCGCAUCGCCGCGCAGUCCCUACUCGCCGCCGCACGCGUCAAGGCACUCGCCAACGUCAAGUACUUCUCACCAUAA